UAACAGCUGUUUGCCAACCGCCAUAAAACUCAAGAAGACGAACACGAAGAAACAACAACAGAAAUUCCUGAAACAUAACGAGGAUUAUAUACUUAAACAUGGCGUCGUGCGUGAAAGAUAGUAUUUCUGACAACCAUUUUGAAUUAACUAUAGAAGUUCCUUUUCCUUCACAGAGGGAAGUGUCCAUUGCACUCCAGUCCUUGUCGCCUGAUCGUGAGCCAGGGACAGGGGGCACCAUAAAAACUCUGAGUACUUCAGUCAGUGCACUGUGUGUAAAAUGGAAUGCUGUUGAGGCUCGCAGUCUUCGUGUAUCAGUAGGCUCAUUUUUAGAUCACUUGGCACUUGUAAUGGAAACUAUCGAUGCAUUUGGACAACCAGCUCUACAGUGCAAGUAAUGGAACUUCCUGACAGAAAAUUUGCCCAGAUUACGUUCAUUUAUCUGGGACUCAUUUAAAUCUGUGCUAUUUAAAAAUAUUGUAUUGUUUAUGUAAUAAAAAUCUAAGUACUUUGA